AUGAAUUCUCUUACUAAUUUUAUUAAAUUUGCUGAUAUUUAUGGAUAGAGAGUUCAAAUGAACUUUUCAAAGUAGCCAAUAUAUAAAACAGUAUAUGGAGGUUUAAUUACCUUGAUUAUAGGCGGUUGUUUUAUAGCAGGUUGUUACUUUUUUGGAUGCAUACUUUUUAAUAGGCUUAAUCCUUCAGUCAUUACUUCAGAAAGAUCUGUUACGUCUGCUGCUAGAAUAAAUAUCACUGAAUCUAAUAUCGUUGCAAUGUUUGGUGUUUCUAAUGGUGCAUCCUAGAUCUGGUCAGAUCCAACUAUAUUUAGAGUGUAUGCUGUCUAACAAAUUAUGCAGAUAACAAACAGCACAGAUUCAGGUUUGUAACUUAGAUAAUUAAUUUCUUACAACAAAACUAUGAAAACGUGUGAUGAAACAGAUAUAGGAAUAUCUGAAGUCAAGCCAUAUUUUAAUGAACUAAACUUAACUAAUUUAUACUGCUUUGAGUAAGGCUAAGAUAUCUUCAUGGAAGGAGAUUUCGAUGCUUAAAGAUUUGCCUAAGUGUUUGUGUAUGUAGAGAAAUGCUCAAAUGGGACUGUACCGAAUGUUGUAUGUAAGCCUAUAGAUGUUAUUAACUAGAAAUUGCAGCUUAGCAAAAUAUAGAUGUACUUGUCUAAUACUAUAGUUGAUCCUUUGAAUUUUGAGGAACCUUUUUCUUCUAAAGGCAUGAAUCUAUAUACACAAACGUCUUCAAAUUUUCCAAAAGAAGUUCAACUUUACUUCACAAAUUAAUAUAUUUAAGAUGAUGUUGGCUUUAUGUUUAGCUAAGUAGAAGAAAAACACAGCUUUGUAUAUACAAUAUAGCAAGAAACUACUUUUUUUAGUAAUUACAAUGUGCUUGUUCGUGUUUUGAUGAGACUACAAAAGCAAAAAGAAAAUCUUAUGUAAAGGAGAUACUAGAAAUUUUAGGAUGUUGUUGCUUAGAUUGGAGGUCUCAUGAAAUUGCUGACUACAAUUGGCUCAAUAAUUACUUAUCGCUUUACAUAGCUAUACUUAUUUAAAGCUAUAGGUGAUGAGAUAUUAAUCUAUGAUGAUGCUAACAUUUAGAAAACUAAAAUGGAAAAAAAUAACACUUCAAAAUCUAAAAAGAAGAAAAACAGUGAUAUUAAAUAUAAAGUGAAUUCUUCUUAGGAAAAUGUAGAUAAAAUCAAAAGUCCUACUAGUAAUAAGUCAUAAGAAACUAAUAAUUAAAAAAAUAAUAAUUAAGAAGGUCAGUAGUAACUAGAUGGUUUUACUUCUAAAAUUUACAAUUUAGAGCAAAAGAAAAGUAAAUUUGAAAAAACUGCUUCGUUUGAAUUAUCUAAUUCGCCAAAAAAUCAAUUAGAAAAAUCAAAAUUUUAACUGACAAUAAUUUAAUCUCAGAAAUUUUUCAAGGUAAUUUAAAAUAGCAUUUAAUACAAUUUUAUUGAUUACUUUAAGUAGUUGUUUGCAAAAGUGUUGCAAACAAAUGACUUCAGAGCAAAGCUAGUCCAAAAGGGUAUGUAGAUAAUAGAAUAGCAGCUUGAUAUUGUCUAUGUUAUAAAUAAGCUAAACGAAAUAGAUAAGCUCAAGACAGUUAUUUUCAAUAGAGAUUAGUUAAAAAUAUUUGAUUGUAUUCCUAAGCCUAUAAUUUCUGAUGAUUACUUAUUCAGUGAUCAAUUAAAUAUUUCUCCCCCAAAAAAUUAAAAUAGAGAAAGAUAAGAUAGUGUGUAGUCUACACAGAUGCCGCAUGGUAAAGAUAAUAUGGUCUACUACAACAUUUAAAAAGCAAAAAGUGAAGAAUAAAAAAUACAAGAUGCCAUUUAUGGGCUCUAAAAUAUACUGAAUAGCCAGCAACUGACAAAAAUUGAUAAGAAACUUUUAUAAAUAAUUGAUCCAAAACUACUUUAGAAUUAUUAGCCUGAUAAAUAUAAUGUGGCGUAAGAUCAAAAUAGAUUAGAAAAUAGCUCCAGGUAUUAAGAUGAUUCCGUUUUUGAGUCUCAUAAUCAUGUUUUGCAAAAGCUAAAUAACUCUAACUAAAUGGCCAAUGAGCAAUUAAAGAUUAAAAAAUACCUAAGUGAGAGUUUAAGCCGUUUUUCCCCAGUGUCAUAAUAAGCUAAAAAUAUAUCUAUUUAAUAAGAUUCUAAAAUCAUACAGCCAUCUUAAUUUAUUUAAGAUUCAAUAAAGCAAUCCUCUGUUUUCAGUGAUGAUUAAAGUAUUAAAUUAAACUGUGAAUCUAGGAUUGAUGAAUAAAUUAAUUGCUUAGACAUAGAAUCUUCCGAGAGAAGACACUUAAAUGUAAAUGCAAGCUAAUAUAACCCAUAUCUUCAAAUAUAGGCAACAACUCUUGAAUCUAUAGCCCAAAAAUCCAAACGCACUAAGAAGAUUAAAAAGCCAGAUAACACUAAUAAGUGA